UUUCUUUGGAGUUUGAACCCAUUGGAGCAAGUAAUAUCUUUGAAAACAAACAUUUUAUAGCUGCAAGUUAUCUUCUUAUCUAUUCCCUCCACCCUCACUCACUCACAAAAACGCUGUAAAUCAGUGAUGAGUAGCUCAAUCUGUGCUCCAGUUUCUCCCUCCCUUCUGAAACAUAAAACUUAUGGCAACCCUUCUUCAGUUUUUCGACUACCUGCUAAACCCAUAACUAGUUUUUCUACCGGAAGAAACAGAAGAAGUGCUUCUUUAACUACAAGGGCUUUGCUUUCAACUACCAAAGAAGCAGUGUUGAAGGAUUUUCAUGCAAAAAAGGCUAUCAAAAUUAUCUCAGGCUUGCAGAAUUUUGAUAAAGAUAAUGUUGCUUCUGUUGUCACUGCUGCAGAUAAGGGAGGAGCAACUCAUGUCGACAUUGCUUGCGAUCCUGAUUUGGUUAAGCUUGCAACAAGUUUAACUUCCCUUCCAAUCUGUGUUUCAUCUGUUGAUCCUGCGGCAUUUCCAGCUGCCAUUGAAGCUGGAGCUGUGAUGGUGGAGAUAGGAAAUUAUGAUUCUUUCUAUGAGAAGGGUGUGACCUUUUCUCCAGAGGAGAUACUAAACCUAACACGGGAGACCAAGAAAAUCCUUCCUUCUGUUGCACUUUCUGUGACUGUGCCUCACACACUAAGCCUACCUGAUCAGAUCAAGCUAGCUGAACAGCUGGAACAGGAAGGCGUGGACGUUAUCCAGACUGAAGGAGGAAAAUACUCGAGUCCAACGAAGUCUGGUAUUCUUGGAUUGAUUGAGAAGGCAACACCGACACUAGCAGCUGCAUAUUCCAUUUCACGAGCUGUCAAGAUCCCUGUCAUGUGUUCAUCGGGCCUAAGUGCAGUUACAGCACCAAUGGCGAUCACAGCAGGGGCUGCUGGAGUGGGCGUUGGUUCUGCAAUUAACAAGCUGAAUGAUGUCAUUGCGAUGAUUGCCGAGGUCAGAAGCAUUGCCAAUUCUCUGGAAGUGUGUAGUGACAGAUCAAAUCUAGCAGACAUGAAGCAUUUGAAACUGUAGUUUUGCUAUAGUAGCUUGUCUAAGAGUGAAUUAGGAUGGUAAAGAUUUUUAAAGUUCGAUCUCGUACUCAUGAGCUGUUCGACAUUAUGAUACUUGAAUUAAAAGCGAAUUUUCAAGAUAAA